AUGUCAGAUGAAGUAAUCAGCACCUUAAUGAUCAUAACAGUUGGGGAGUUUUCAGUGGGGAUCGUAGGAAAUGCAUUUAUUGUAUUGGUAAACUUCAUGGACUGGAUGAAGAGUAAGAAGAUUGCUUCCAUUGAUUUAAUCCUCACAAGUCUGGCCAUAUCCAGAAUUUGUCUAAUGUGUAUAAUAAUGUUGGAUUGUUUUAUGCUGGUGCUGGAUCCAGACGUCUAUGAAACUGGUAAACAAAUGAGAAUCGUUGACUUCUUCUGGACACUAACCAACCAUUUAAGUAUCUGGUUUGCCACCUGCCUCAGCAUUUUCUAUUUGCUCAAGAUAGCUAAUUUCUUCCAUCCUCUUUUCCUCUGGAUGAAAUGGAGAAUUGAAAGGGCGAUUCCUGGGAUCCUGCUAGUGUGCUUGACCUUUUCUGUGUUCAUUAGCCUUCCCGCCGCUGAGAAUUUGGAUGAUGACUUCAGGCUUUGUGUCAAGGGAAAGUGGAAAAGAAACUUAACUUUGAGAUGCAGGGUAAAUAAAGCUCAAUAUGCUUCCAGCAAGGUAUAUCUCAACCUGUUCACACUGUUCCCCUUUUCUGUGUCCCUCGUUUCAUUUCUCCUCUUGAUCCUCUCCCUAUGGAGACACAGCAGACGGAUGCAGCUCAAUGCCACAGGGUGCAGAGACCCCAGCACAGAUGCCCACAUGGGAGCCAUGAAAGCUCUCAUCUCCUUCCUCCUGCUUUUCAUUGCCUACUAUUUGUCCUUUCUCAUAGCCACCUCCAGUUACUUCAUGCCAGAGACUGAAUUAGCUGUGCUCAUUGGGGAACUGAUAGCUCUAAUCUAUCCUACAAGCCAUUCAUUUAUAUUAAUUCUGGGGAACAAGAAGUUAAGACAAGCAUCUCUAAGGGUGCUAUGUGAAGUAGCACAUACACUAAAGAGAAGAAAUGUCUAA